AUGGACACGCAGGAGCAGAACCAGCUGGAAAUACAGUCCGUAAAUCCGAUCCCGAACCGCCGACCGAUCAACGAUCUGCACUACAAUGCCAUCAACAGUAACUAUCGGGCGCAAAGCAAGCUCAGCAACAGCGUGUCGAAUGCAUCGGCCACUUCGAGUGGAAGUGAGGAGUCCAAGGCGCUCCUACCGAUGGUGGGUCCUAGUGGCCGGAAAUUCGUGAUCGUGCCUUGUCAGACGAGUGGAACGGAUGGAACGGUGCCUGUAGCAGGUCCUAGUGGGCUCAAAGCUGCCGAAGCAGCCGAAAGCUCGACUACAGUAGGAGUGAAUUCGUUAACAGUUCAUGCAGCUCCAGUCGGAUAUGGCCAGAAGCCCAAACAUUUCAAUAGCCUGCGAUCGGUGCGAUCAGCUAACGAUCCGCAAGGGUUGGCAAAUGUGCAGCAACACCAGGCGACGAUCGCACGGAGUGGAUCGUACAUCUUUAGCGACGUCGGAGGCACUCCGAGGCUAUUUUCUGAUGCCACCUCGAUCCGGUCACUCGCAUCCAUCGGCAUGGGUUCAACGGAUGGCCGGCGGAUGGUCAUCCGGAGGGUGCCAAACUCCCCGAACGAGCUGCUGACCAUGAUCAGCCCACCAACGCCACCCGAUGAAACGUACGAGAACGAGAGCUACGGUGGUGUGUCGGAUGACUCCGAUCUGGAUAAUCUCAAGCCACGCAAGCAGCACUGGGCAAAUAAGAUGCAAUUCGUGCUCGCCUGCAUCGGGUACUCGGUGGGCCUGGGCAACGUGUGGCGUUUCCCGUAUCUGUGUUAUAAGAGCGGUGGAGGUGUGUUUCUGGUGCCUUACUUCAUCAUUCUGCUGAUCUGCGGCAUUCCCAUGCUGUUCAUGGAGCUGGCCGUCGGUCAGUACACGGGUCGGGGACCGAUCGGUGCCCUUGGGCAGCUGUGCCCGCUAUUCAAAGGUACCGGUUUGGCUAGUGUGGUCGUUUCAUUCCUGAUGUCCACGUACUACAGUGUGAUCAUUGCGUAUGCAAUCUAUUACUUUUUCACCUCCUUCCGGCCCGAGCUGCCAUGGACGGAUUGUUCGCAUCGUUGGAACACGCCCGACUGCUGGAUUCCGGAGCGAAUGAAGCACAACCUAACGCGCCCGGAUAUGUCUCGCACGCCCACGGAAGAGUUCUUCGAGAACAAGGUGUUGCAGAUAAGCCACGGUAUCGAGUACCCAGGUGCGAUGCGCUGGGAGCUGGUGGCGUGUCUCGUCUGUGCCUGGAUCCUGGUUUACUUCGCCAUCUGGAAGUCGAUCAAAUCGUCAGCGAAGGUGCGUUAUCUCACCGCGACACUCCCGUUCAUCUUGAUCGUCGUCUUCCUCGGACGCUCGCUAACACUGGAAGGAGCCGACAAGGGACUCCACUAUUUCUUCCGUCCAAAUUGGGAGGAACUGGGAAGAGCUAACGUAUGGAUCAAUGCUGCGGCUCAAAAUUUCAACUCCAUCGGUAUCGCGUUCGGUUCGAUGAUAUCGUUCGCAAGCUAUAACAAGUACAACAAUAACAUCCUUCACGACACGCUGGCUGUGUCCUUCGUGAAUGCGAUCACCAGCUUGCUGGUUGGCAUCUUUGCGUUUGCCACGAUCGGCAAUAUCGCGCUCGAGCAGGGCACUACCGUAGAGAACGUGAUCAGCGGUGGACCAGGCCUGAUAUUCGUCGUUUAUCCGCAGGCGCUGGCAAAAAUGCCCGCUGCCCAGUUGUGGGCUGUUCUGUUUUUCUUCAUGCUGCUCUGCCUCGGGUUGAAUAGUCAGUUUGCCAUCGUGGAAGUCGUCGUUACCUCCAUCCAGGAUGGGUUUCCGCGAUGGAUCAAGCGAAAACUCGUGUACCACGAACUGCUGGUGCUGAUCGUGUGCGUGGUGUCAUUCUUUGCCGGGCUGCCCAAUCUCAUCCAGGGUGGAAUAUACUUCUUCCAGCUGAUCGACCACUACGCAGCUUCGGUUUCGAUCAUGUUCCUCGCCUUCUUCGAAACGAUCGCGAUCGCCUGGUUCUACGGCAUCAAUAGACUUUCGAAGAACGUGAAACAAAUGACCGGACGGCUUCCGUCGUUCUAUCUACGGUUCUGUCUAAUGAUUGCCGUGCCGUUUCUGUUGAUCUCUUUAUGGAUAUUUAGCUUGAUCAACUACGAGGCGCCAACGUACCACAACGGAAAGUACCACUAUCCAGGAUGGGCCCACGGUCUUGGAUGGACCAUCGCCUCUGCUUCUUUGGUUUGCAUUCCAUCCUACGCCGUGUAUCAGAUCGUGCGGGCUGAAGGCAGCACGUUUGGACAGAAACUACUGAAUACACUGAAGCCUAACAUAUACGAGUGUAAAAUAUGCGGCGAGCACCAUUGCGACCAUGACUUCCCCGACGAGGAUUUGGGACCAGAAACGACCAUCAUCGAGUCGACAUCCGUGGCCCCGCUGAUACUGCAACCACCGCCUCCGGGUCACACUCACUACGGCCAGCAACAGGAUGAACUGGGGCAGCGCAAUACAAACGCGGUUCCGAACAGCAAUGCGCCACCGAAUUCAAAUGCGAACGGCGAGGCACGAUGAUCGGCUGACCGUUGCGGAGGGCGAGAUCACGAUUUCGUUAAUGAAACCGUGUAGAUAGCGUUUAGUGUAUUAACACUGCAAGCAGAUCCGCGCGAGGGACACAAAAGACAACUCAAUAAUUUUAACGAAAAACCACCCCUUAGUUACCGGUCGACCGUGGUAGGAGAAGAAUGUGGACGGCACGAAUCCUGAAACUUCUGGUCUGGAUGGUCGAUAAGAGUCCCGAUCAAUGCACCGUACGAGUUACAGAUAAAGGUGUCCGCUGAAAGGAGGGAUUGCCGUUGCGUUGCCGUGUUCAUGUUCUCUUGGCAGCGAACGUUCAAGAGUGCCUAGUUUCGGAUGUUAGUUUCAUUAUAAUUUUCUUCCUUAGCAUGUAAUUUCGCAGGCUCCAAGAGGCUGUCUCCUGUCAAGGUUGUGUAGAGUUCAAAAAAAAUAAAUAAAACGUUCGCUUGAGGCAAACCAAGUUAGGCGAGGCCGGCAAUGGAUGAAUAAAGAUGUACGAUAUUUGUAGAUCCAUGCUAGGUCAGUUUCGAAAAGGAAUUCAAUAAAAUUACUAAAAAGCG